AUGCCUGUUGCAAGAUUGACUGGAUUAACUCGGUUCUCUAGUUUUGUAGCGCACUUUCACAAACAAUAUAAACUCGUUGAUAUAUCCCCUUUGCACUUUACAGAAUCAACAUCUCAAAAAAGUGUUUGUUAUUGUGAUACUGUUAAUAUCAGCCUGCCAGAGGGAAAGAGAUUAGAUCUAGGGAUAGAAUUGCCAAGAAAGGUUCCCGAAUAUAAAAGGCACGUAUUGCUGGUAUCGCCUCGAAAUGAUGAUAACUCUCCACCAGAAUGGAAAGCAUCAUGGCAGAGUAAGCUGGAGCUAAAUCCUAGUUGGCCUUACUCUAGUAUAUUCACACUAAAAAAUCAUCUUAAGAAAUCAAUUACUGGCUCCGAGAUACUGGUGAAUGCUAUAUCCAUGAUACGGGGUGAUAUUCAUCCACCUGAAAAGUAUGACAAGCGUGUGCAUUUUUAUGUGUUGCCUGAUAUGAAGCUCUUUAAGAUUACAAAAGAUCAAAUUUCAGAGUUUGCUCACUUCUUGAGUGGAGGUUCAAGCUUCAACGCAACAAGAAAUAACAUGCUACAUUUCGAAGACUUUUUAAAAGGCGCAGAUAAUGCAUCUAUUCAGCAAAUUUCCCGUGAAGUAUCCUCUUCAUUUGACAAGUCUCGGCUUGAAUAUGAGUAUAUCGUUGGUGACUGGGCUUUGAUAUGUGGUCAUUACCAGCGAGAUCCUAGAUGUGGCAUAGUUGGGGAGGACCUAAUUAAAGAAAUCCAAUCGAGAAAUAUUUGCAAAGACAAGAAUGUUGGUGUUAUCUCCCACAUAGGGGGUCAUAAAUACGCAGGAAACAUAAUAUUCUAUAAUCAUGCCGGAUUUUCAGAGGUUUCCCAGAGAAGUAAAGUUGACGCCCUAUGGUUUGGAAAAGUGCUCCCCACAAAUUUGCCGUUAUUGGUAGAAAACCUAAAUAACUACAAAAUUACCAAAUCAUUGUAUCGUGGUGGGUUACAAAUGGAUUGA